AUGGCUCCUUCCGAUUUUACUAUGAGCCCCGUUGCCUGGCUGUUUGUCUCUCUGUUCGCCGGCAUCAUCCUCAUCCUCGCCAUUGUAUACCUAUUCGCGCUGAAGAUCAGACGUGACAAAAAGAAAGCUGAGGCUAAAGCCGAGGGCGAUGAGAUCUUCGGAAAAGUCAUCAAGAAUCCGGUCACAAUAACAACGACUCGGCACACUGCGCCCGUCCAAGACCUCUUUGUCCUUUCCAAGAAGUCUUCUGAAGGCGCACAUUGA